AACCGUGGCACAUAAAGGAAGUAAUGGUUGCCGUUGUCACUUCAACAUGAAAUAUAUAAGGCUUGAACGUUGAGUUAGGGAUAAUAAGGUAGUAGUUAAUAGACGAAAUCCUCUUUCUCCACCUGAACAGAAUCAGAUUCCAAAAUGAAGGAGAAGAAUUUCCAACAGACAAUCCAAAAGUAGAAAUAUAUUAAUAUAUGAUCAGUUGGUCCAUGGCCUAGUCUUCCAUAUUCUCAACUCCCAUCAAUUCUUUUCCUGUAGCUUUUUUGAGUCAUAAAAAAUGACGAAAACAGUGGUGUCAAAUCCUGCCAAUUCCCUCCUCUUCAUGCCAGGAAAGUAUUAUUGCAUGGUGAUGAGGAUCAACGUUGACUGCAAUGCUUGUUGCAGGAAAUUAAGAAGAAUCAUUCUAAACAUGAAAGAAAUAGAGUCGCAUUUGAUUGAGAAGCAGCAGCACAGUGUGUAUGUAAGCGGGAUAUUUAGACCCUCGGAUGUGGCAAUAAAGAUAAGAAAGAAGAUGAACCGCAGAGUCGAAAUUCUGGAAAUUCAGGAGCUCAACGCCACCACGGAAGAAGGAGACCCAAAUCAACAGGCUGGUGGCUAAUUAUUGUGAUGAUGGGUAGUUGCAAAGGUUGGGUUUCGGGAAAUUCUUUCGAUCCAUCAAUCUAUUAGACUGAUAUAUCGAUUCAUAGAACUUGGAGAGAUUGCUGUAAUCCUAUCCCAGUAUAUAUGAAAGCGGAAGUUCAACUUCCUUUAUAUAUAUAUAUAUAUUGGUUACCAACAA